AUGAAGCUCACGGUCAAGACACUUCAAGGUGUCGCCUUCCCUUUAGAGGCAGAGCUUACAGAUGAUAUUUCAGCGGUGAAACAGAAGAUUGAAGAAUUGCAAAAGUUUCCUGUAGCCCAACAGAAGCUCAUUCAUGCAGGCAAAGUGCUUAAGGACGACAGUACUUUGGCUGAUUAUAACGUAAAGGAGAAUGAUUUCCUUGUCGUGAUGGUCACCAAGCCAAAAGCGCCUAAGCCCUCUGCUACCCCUUCUCCCUCUACUCCUGCUUCCGCUCCGUCUGUCGUAAGUGCAGCUCCUUCUGCGGUCCCUAAUACGUCAUCAGCGUCUAGUAGCUCUUCAGCAACAGCUUCGGCUGUUUCGACACCGUCGGCCGCUCCAGCCACGGUUGCGGCCAAUUCGUCACGAGAGGGUAGUAACCUUGUAGCUGAUGAACAAAUGAGUGCUACAGUGCAUCAUUUAAUGGACAUGGGAUUUCCAGAAGACCAAGUACGCAGCGCACUACGUGCAGCAUUUAACAAUCCUGAGCGGGCCGUGGAAUACCUGAUGACGGGUAUACCCGAACAAGCUGCAUCCGAACAGACGACUGUUACAUCGUCUGGGGCUGGAAAUGAGGGUACAACCAACACGCUUGAAGCGCUUCGCAAUCAUCCACAAUUUGACGCGUUACGUCAGCUUGUUCAGUCCAACCCGCAGACUUUGCCGGCUGUAUUGCAACAGAUCGGCGCUCAGAGCCCAGAACUGCUGCGUUUGAUUCAUCAAAACCAAGAUCGCUUUGUGCAGAUGCUGAACGAGCCAAUUGGUACGCGUGAAGCUGGGGCAACGCCUAGUAGUAGCACAGGAGCCACUCCGUUCACUUUAGGUACAAAUGUUUCUUCGACUGAACAGCAAAUGCAGCAGCAAUUUUCUGAGUCAUUGCAGAUGCAAAUUGCCGCACAAAUGGGCAUGACUCCCGAACAGCUUCGUGGUCUAUCGCAGAUGCUAAGCAAUUUGCCACCAGAAGCGAUGGAGCAGAUGAUGGCGUCCAUGGGCGGAGGUAGCGGACUUGCAGGACUUGGUGGGGCAUCUGAUGCUGGAAAUGCCGGUCACCGAAUUAUGUUGACAGAGGAGGAAGCAGCAGCCGUCGAUCGGUUGUGCGAAAUGGGAUUUGAACGCACGGAUGUGAUUCAGGCAUAUCUUGCAUGCGACAAAAACGAAGCAUUGGCUGCUAACUUUCUCAUGGAUAGUGGAGAUAGCUUUGGUGGGGGUACUGCUGGUUCAGGUGGACAGGGUGAGGACAAUGAUGACAUUUACGGUUAA